UAACAUCCAACAUGGAGCAUGGUUAUAGUGGAUGAUGCAUCGCCAAGUCCCGAGAGCCCCGAGUAGGGUUCGAACCAAUAGUGUGUCAAUAGUGCAAAAAUUAGAAACGUCUGAUUCUGCCUCCCCAUUAUCCACGUACACGUUUGCCGAUGCAAACUUCGUGAAGUGCUAUACUCAAGCAUACAAUCAUAGCCGCAAUGGACCUAAUAACAUGUCGCCUUGGUCAAACGGACUUUAGCUCGGUUGACUGCGAGUCAGCGCUGAAGGGCCAGAAGCUGCCGGAGAACCUAGGACACCUGACUGUGCGGCUUUGCCUAAUUAGCGGAAUCCGUCAUCACCUAGCCUUUGCCCGCUCACUCGAGGUCACGGAUCUGUGUCGCACGACGGGGCAGGAGAUCUUUGCGCGCGCCCGUAAUGCGCGCCUCAUUAUGAGCGACGAGGUGCCUGGCAGUGAACUGAUGGGCAACAAGGCGUUCUAUCCCUACUGCAUCUGGCAUCCUGAUGUGGCCAGCGAAGGAACCUACCGGAAGCUCGCCGCCGCCUGUCCCGACAUGCGAUACCAGGUCGGCCGGGCUUGCGCGGUGGCUGGUUACGACCAGCUGUAUCGCGAGCUCGAUUUGCUCCCCGACCCUUGCAUCGCCGAGGAAGCGCGGGAGGCGAGUCGCGACAGUGACGGAUCUCGGCACAUCUUCGAGCAGAUCAUGGCUGCGCCCCUGCGCUAUAGCGUCAUGAACGACUACGACCUCACGGUCGAGCUAGACAGGCCCAAGCCUGGCGCUUUUCUCAACGCCGAUACGGCCGUGCGUGCCACACUCAAGGAACGCCAGGUAUUUGCACCGUUUUUUAGAUCGAAGAGAUACUUCAAUAUCAACGAGGACUGGGGCAUCGGCCCGGAGACUGUGAAGCUUGAGAUAGCCAGGCUCACUGACGAUGAGGCCGACCUGCUCGUAUCCCCGCUGCCGUUCGAUCUCCCGACCAUGACCAAAGAUCUGCUGAUCCUAAUGUCCGCCUGCGAGGGCAACGUCGAUCGCUACGUACGCCUCCGCCGCAAAGGCCGCAGCGUGCAGUAUGAGGUGCAAUGUCUAAUACCUGGCAUCUAUCGUAGCACAGCCAUGGCGUUCUGGCUAGAUCGCAAUCCAGACGUCAUGCACGAGGUCGCGGCUGUAUGUGACGAGGACUUGGUCGUGGAACUGCGGAGAGGUAUUUACGCACGCCACAUCAUGAACAAUGCUACGCACCACCUCUUGGAUGCUGAUCCGCCUGUCCCCGACGACGAGCUGCCAUACUGGAUUUGGUAUCCGACUAUACCAUCACCCUACACUCUAUGUAAGCUUGCAGAGGCGCGGCCGGCCAUGCGUCCGCAGUGUGUGCGAGCUUGCAUCGCCGGCGACUACUGCGAGGCGUACACCAAAAUCAUGGACAUGCCUGACCCCAACACCGACAUGCCCGUCGACCCAGACGACACAGACGACCCAGACGAACAUAUCCCUCUACCGGCGGAUAGCUUCCUCAUCACGGAGGCCGAAUCUAGCCGAUUCCGGGACUUCUUCCUGCAAGACAUGGAGCAGCGCCGGGAGGAGCGAGGGCUCAAGCCACAGUUUAAUAAGCACGACGAUUGGAAGAUACUGUCCCCGUGGCAUUGCGGGGACCCUAGCAGCACUAUACUGUAUGGGAGUCUACCUGAUCAAUAG